UACUUGCCUUGCCUGCUCUACCGGGGAUAAUUAGCAGUGUAAAGUAUCUACCUUGCUGUUACAAAAACUACAGACAGGUUUGCUGCAGCAAAUUGGACUGCAGUAACUGAUCUGAAUUCGCCUUACCUACCUGAGCAAAAGGUUAGUUCCUUGGUGAAGGUGGCAGCCUAAGACUGAGAGACAGGGGACAGACAAGGCAGGGAAGUGGGAGGUUGCUGUGUUGGGAGCAAACUAGAUCUGGAUCAACUCAUGUGAUCCCUGAAGUCUCUGAAGUUCCCUCUUUUCUAGGAAAAACUUCACUACUUCUGUUACCAAGAAUGUUUUUAUAUUAAUGGAAGAAAUGACAUGUCUGAUAGUAAUGAAUAUGCUCUGUUUUGCAAUUGUAUUUCUGACUCUUCAAUACUUUGAAAGCAAAAAGGCUUGACACCUAAAGUGAAACUCUAGUGAGAAAAAACAAGGCUUGUUUAUUCAGGAAGGGUGGAUAGAAAGCAAAAAAGGUUAAAUCAUCUGUGCACACCAACUAAUGCAGCUUAAUGUUUUUUAACCUCAGAGAUCCUCAAGGUCUAAAUUGUUAGGUUUGCAACUUUAAAUCUGUUUUCUGCCCGCAAGCUGAAAUCAAUGUACCCCCAAAUUAGGUUCCAUUAAAUUAACCCUAACCUGACCAGUUCCAGUCUGGGUAUCAAAGUCAAAUUUGCAAAUCAUAUCCUGAAAUAUGACAUGCAACAUGUAAUGCUCUGUGCUGCUUGACAGAAGAGGAAGAAAACACUUAAAGUGCCUCUUGGGAGCUAUACUGAUGUGAGAGAUGAUACCAGUUGUGUUCUGUGCACUUGUGUUUGUUUGGUGCGUCCUGCAGUUGAGAACAGAUUCAACAGAUCUUGACAGGUUUCUGAAAAAAAAUCUUGUCCAGAAAAGAAGAUCCUCGAAUCCCUAACUCCUUGUCUUACAGGUGAGCCUUGAGGACACUUGGGAGACUGUAGCUUCUGAAUGCAUGACCUUCCUCUGUGAUUAGAAGAAUGGGGAAGGACAAGAAAGAAGAGGCCAUCUUUCUGAGGCAAAAGAUAACUUUGCUGAGGGCUUUCUCGCUCCUCAUCGGCAGCAUGGUUGGCAGUGGCAUCUUUAUCUCCCCAAAAGGAGUACUGAAAAACACUGGCACUGUGGGUUUCUCCCUGGUUGUCUGGUUUGCCUGUGGGCUCCUCUCAAUGUUUGGUGCCUUGUGUUAUGCAGAGCUUGGAACAAGAAUCACCAAGUCUGGAGGACAUUAUAUCUACAUUUUGGAGACGCUAGGGCCUCUGCCAAGCUUCUUAUUCCUGUGGGCAGAGUUUUUUGCUAUCAGGCCUGCCAACAGUGCUGUGGUUGCCUUGGCGUUUGGACGGUACAUGCUGGAGCCAUUCUUCGCCCCCUGUGCAGCCCCUGUCCCUGCAGUGAAGCUUGUGUCUCUCAUGGGGUACUACAUGGUCCUCACCCUCAAUUCCUGGAGUGUCACCUGGAGUGCCCGGCUGCAGACGGCUCUCUCCGUUGUUAAACUCCUGGCUCUUGCACUCAUCAUCGUGCCAGGGAUGAUGCUGCUGGCCCAGGGCCACACCGAAAACUUCCAGGAUGCUUUUGACAGAGAGUCAUUGGUUUUGGAUACGCUCCCCCUGGCUUUUUACGCAGGCAUGUUCGCAUAUUCAGGCUGGUUUCAGGCCAGUUUUGUGCGCGAAGAGUUGGUCAGACCUGAACGAAAUAUCCCCCUGGCUGUCAUCAUCUCUGUGAUCACGGUAAUUGUGGGGUACAUGCUCACCAAUGUCUCCUAUUACACAGUCCUGGGAACACAAGAUGUUCUGGCUUCUCCUGCUGUGGCUGUGAGCUUUGUGCAGCGAGCCUUCAAAAGCCUGAUCUCUGUGGUCCCUGUCCUUGUCGCACUGUCCUGCUUUGGAACCAUGAAUGGAGGAAUCUUCACAUUUUCAAGGACUCUGUUUGUGGCUUCCAGGGAAGGACAGUGGCCUCCUCUCUUCUCCAUGAUCCACAUUCGAAGGCAUACACCCCUUCCUGCUGUCAUGUUAAUGUUCCCUUUGGUCACUGCCAUGGUGUGUGUUGGAGAUAUCUACCAUCUAAUGAACUUCUUCAGCUUUUCCCGAUGGCUCUUCAUAGGAUUAGCCACCCUGGGGCUCAUUGUCCAUCGCCACCGUCACCCGGAGCUGCACAGCCCAUUCAAGGUUCCUCUGUUUGUUCCUGUCUCUUUUACCAUCAUCUGCCUCUUCACAGUGGCUAUGUCUUUCUACUCAGACCCUGUGAGCAUUAGCAUCGGAUGCACCGCGGUUUUAAGUGGUUUUCCAGUCUACUACGUCCUAAUUCACAGGCAGAUGUCAGACCGUUGCCGUAACCUGUUUUAUUAUCUUACACACAAACUACAGUUACUGCUGGAAGUUGUCCAACAAGAAAUCAAGACUUAUUGAGAAAACUGUCAGAACUCACAGGAGAAAAUAAAAUCUACUUACUCCA